UAUCGCUUUUUCUCACGCAACGGGGUUUGCUGAACAAUCAGCUUGAGAGUUGUCGUAUGUGGCAAAAAACAAUAGCCCGCAAUUUUGAACGCAUUCAAUAAAACAAGGGAGAAGGUCCGAGGAACCUGUCAAUCGGUUUAACCAAUUGGAAGAGGGUACAGGUUUUGACGGACAACGCUUUCAGCCAAUAGGAAUCUGGCUUAUCAGUCGCUCCCUCUGCACGUCGGCCAACGGGAGUAACGCGGCGGCGUUCUGUUUUCCCCACCCCCCACGUUGCAGUCGCCGCCGUGCUCGGUCGUUGGGAGUUUAGGAGGCCUCACGGUCGUUGCAUUGGUGGCAACCGCGUCAUGUAAAAUCUGACUGGGACCUCUCAGCCCUCCUCCCGCCCCUGCUUGUCAUGAUGAGGCUGUAAAUAGGGGGAAGGGUCGCCGCUGUCAGACUUCCGUUGUCUCGUAGGGAUAAGGGCCCUGUCUUUCCUUUCACCUUCGGUUCGGGGCCCGAGAGAUGCGUGUGGGCCUCGCUUACUUCACACAGUAGAAGGGGCGUUACAGAGAGCGGGUCAGGCCGUUAGUGGGAAAGCACUUGGAGAAGAUUAAUUUCCCACAAUAAAUCUACCCUACCGCAGAUUUAAAAACCUAAGAUGGGGGCAUUUUUGGACAAACCGAAAACAGAGAAACACAAUGCACACGGUGCCGGAAAUGGCUUGCGUUAUGGACUCAGCAGCAUGCAGGGCUGGAGAGUGGAGAUGGAGGAUGCGCACACAGCCGUGGUUGGGAUCCCUCGUGGCUUGGAUGAUUGGUCGUUUUUUGCAGUUUACGAUGGCCAUGCAGGAUCACGCGUUGCAAAUUAUUGCUCUUCCCACUUACUAGAGCACAUCACAGACAAUGAAGAUUUCAGGGCAACAGAAACACCGGGAUCCGCUCUGGAGCCAACAGUAGAAAAUGUUAAAAGUGGCAUUAGAACUGGGUUUUUAAAAAUUGACGAGUACAUGCGCAACUUUGCCGAUUUAAGAAAUGGAAUGGAUAGAAGUGGUUCUACCGCAGUAGCGGUCUUACUUUCACCCAGUCACGUGUAUUUUAUUAACUGCGGGGAUUCUCGGGCUGUUUUGUAUAGGAGCGGACAAGUUUGUUUUUCAACGCAGGAUCACAAACCUUGCAACCCAAGGGAGAAGGAGAGAAUUCAAAACGCCGGCGGCAGCGUCAUGAUACAGCGCGUCAAUGGAUCGCUGGCAGUUUCCCGUGCACUUGGAGACUAUGAUUACAAGUGCGUCGAUGGCAAGGGCCCUACGGAGCAGCUUGUUUCACCUGAGCCUGAAGUAUAUGAAAUCGUGAGAGCUGAUGAAGAUGAGUUUAUCAUUUUGGCUUGUGAUGGCAUUUGGGAUGUCAUGAGCAACGAGGAGCUUUGUGAAUUUGUGAAAUAUAGGCUUGAGCUAACGGAUGACCUUGAAAAAGUGUGCAAUUCAGUAGUGGACACCUGUUUACAUAAGGGAAGCCGUGAUAACAUGAGCAUUGUUCUAGUUUGUUUUCCAAAUGCCCCCAAGGUCUCUGAAGAGGCAAUAAAGAAAGAUGCUGAUUUGGAUAAACAUUUAGAGUCCAGGGUUGAAGAAAUCAUGACCAACGCUGGGGAGGAAGGAAUGCCAGAUCUUGCCCAUGUAAUGCGCAUCUUAGCUGCAGAGAACGUCCCGCAUUUACCGCCAGGUGGAGGCUUGGCAGCAAAACGCAGUGUUAUUGAAGAGGUAUAUAAUAGGUUGAAUCCACACAGAGAGAGCGAUGGGGACCCCACUGGAACAGAGGAAAAUUCAACGCAUGGGAAGUUGGUGGAAGCUCUCAGGGAACUGAGAAUUAAUCAUAGGGGGAACUACCGUCAACUCCUGGAGGAGAUGCUGUGUAGUUACAGGCUAGUUAAAGUUCAGGGUGAAGAAUCCACAUCUGGACCUUCAGUAUCGUCCUCUUCCUCCAGUAAACCUGUGGAUGACCCAAUUACUCGAAGUAACCCAGAAAUGGAGUAACAUCUUUCACUUGAUUUGAUGUGCAGUCUGCAUGAUUUUUUUUUCUUUUUCAACUUUUACCCAAUCCUGUUUUAUCUAUUGAUCCACUAGGUAUCAGAUGCUGUGCUUCUUACCCAGCACCCCACCUCCACCAAACUAAGAGGCAUUUUUUAAUUACUUUGCACUCUCUUUUUGUAAAAAAAAAUUGCCCCCAAACGGAAAUUUACCACUCAAAACAGUUUUUUAACCAGAAACACUGUUUAUAUACAGCAUGGAGACAAAUCUUCCAAGACUGUAAAAAAAUUUUUUAUUUGUUUUUAGAUAAAUGUGUGAAUGCCCAUAACAUUGUAAAUCAUGGGCCCUUACAACCUAGCUUUAGAAGGUUUGCUGAUAAUGUUACCAGAAAGGACAAUUCUAUGGACCGACAGAACUGCGGGUUUCUUAUCUCUGCCAUCGUUUGUCUUGACAUCUGAAAACAUGUAAACGGCUUUACAAAAAUGGUCUUUUAAAAGUUGGUUUCUUUUGAGUCCAGCCUUGUGGAUUACUUAAAAAACAUAUUUUCCACAUACUAAGCUACCCAUAUUAGCUGGCUACAAAUUUUCAUUUCUGAGAUGAGCCAGUUAAUGUCUGGUUGGAUGCGCUGUAUAUAAAUGUAUACCUCUAGUGUUAGCCAAGUUAUAUUUCACACCUAUUGCUAAUUUAAGGAAUGCUACGGUAUUUAACAAAAUUUAGGUACAAAAUGUGUUUGUUGACUUCAAGGUUCUUCACAUAUAUGUGAAUGUUUUGUAUAGUAUAUAGCUGUCAUUAAGUUUCACCUAUACAAUCAAUAAAGGUGUUAAGAAUACUUAAUGCAUAGUUCUGGUAUUAAAUACCUCUAAAACUGCAGCUGUUAAUUCCUGUUCGGAUAAAGUAGCUUACCACGCCUGGCAUUUUGGCCUGCAGUCACUUCAGUGUUGAUGGUGAAUGUUCCCUUGUGUGCAACCUGUGGCAGCGGUAAGGAAGCUGCCUCUUUGUUCAGAGUUGGGAGAACUGAUGGCCAGGAAAGCCCUUCCCCAAAACACUAGAAAAAGGCAGAUUUCAGCGUGGAGUCUUAAAUCCAGGUCUGCUACGUAUCUAAGGCUAUGUAAAGCCUGCGGCACACGGUAUUUUAACCCUCACGGUCCUUAGGUGGUUGAAAUGCCAGUGUCAUAGCCCAAGAGGCCCCAUUAUCAUUAUAAACCAAAAAUAUCUCAUGCAAUUUUACUUGAUAUAUACACCCAAUCAUGUGUAAAUUAGAAUUUGCCAUUUAUAACAGGUGCUAUUCUUCAUUUGUGGUGCUGUCACAAAAUAAGCAGCUAAUAACCCACCAUCCACCAUGAAUCCCCACAGUUGACAUAAAAUUAUAUGGGUUUUCACCUUUGAAUUAGAACUAGAAGUAUGAUGUAGACAGUGAUACUGAGACAAUUUGAAGUUGGUUUAAUUGUUUUAUUAUUUAGCUUUUUGUUUCACAGCUCUUCAGUUUGGAAUUUUAGCAGCCAUCUAGUUGCUAGGGCCUUCUUUACGUUAGCAACCAGACAGUGGUUUGAAUAAGAGAAUAGAAUUUGAAUAGGUAGGAGAAUAAACAGAAUGAUGAGGAAUAAGGAAUAACAAUAAUAAAAUGGUAAUGUCUCAGAACAGUAGGUUUUUGGUUGCAUGGGUCAGUUCAGUGACCACCAUUUUAAAGCUGGAAAGAUGUAGAAGAGGCAUUUGAAAAUAAAUAAUGAAGACCAAUCAGUACAUGGGGGGAGGAUUAAGUAAAUGACUGGUAAACUGUAGAGUCAGUCACUUCUAUCCUUCAGGUUAUUUAGCAGCUAAGUAGAGUUCAUUUUGGGCAUUAGAGGGCAUUCAGUUAAGGGAAAGUCUAUUGUGAAAAUAAAAAGAGGGUGAUGCAUAGACUUCAGUAGUGACACCCCUUCCAUUUUAAGCAGAGGCAUCCGUUUUGGGGACGGGGGGGGGGGUCUUCAUUUGUGGUAUCAUUGGCUACCCCAGUUUCUAAUGAAAGUUUAGACUUGUAUAUGAGAAUUUGUUUGUUGCUCCUCCAUUUUCUGGCAAAGGAAACAUGCAUGAAACCAGCCCUGUAAGGCCAAUGCCUAAUGGCAUACACAGUGUUUCGAUUUGCUGCUACUGCCCACUAAUGGUUUUGCAUUCACAUUAGUAGAAAGUGCUUCAAUCUGGGGCAAGUGGUGGGCUUUUGUUGUAUGUUGCAUGCAUGUGCCAUGGCCCUUAGUACAGGUAUGGAACCUGUUAUCCAUACCUGGGGGUCUUCCCUUACUUUGGGGCACCAUGCUUUAAGUCUUUAAAAAAAAAAAAAAUCAUUUUUAUAUUUUAUUUAAACCAAUAGGAUUAUGUUGCCACCCAAAAGGGUUUAUUGUAUCUUAGUUGGGAUCAAGUACGAUGGGAGACGGCCUUCCUGUAAUUUGGAGCUUUCAGGUUAAUGGGUAUCCGGAUAACUGAUCCCAAACCUGUAUUGGGGCAGAGUGAGUGCUAAGGAAUAUGGCAACCAUGUUCUAUCACAAAGCAAGGCAGCUGGCAGUGCCAAACCUCACAUCUGUUUGGGGGAACCUGUCCGUAGUAAGGAUGCCAGGAUCCCUUUAAAGGAUUGUGAGGUGACUUCUUCAUUUAUAGUACUAACUAGCCUUAGGUCAGUACAUUAUUUGUAUUGUCAGAACAAGCAUAUGAAAGCACUGGUGCUGUCCAACUGCUCAUACAUAGUGGCCCAGUUACUAACUACCUUACAUAUGUCAUGGCCAGAUUAUAAUACAGCGAUCGUCAUCCUAAGAGCUCAGUUGCCCUUGUGGGCAGUCUGGGGGUACACACUGCCCCCCAGCACACCUCCAUUUGGACAGCCGUAGUCUCUGGGUUUCUGAGUGCAGCUCACUGAAAUACAGAAGGGAGAAUAGGCAGCACUUUCAAGAUGCCCCAGGUUUGCGACCUGAUUGAUCUUAAUGCCCCCCCCCACACACACACACCACAUCAAAAUCAUCACUUUUAUUAUUGCCAGGUCUGUCAUCACCCUUAGUUGUGCCCACUUAUCCGAACUAAUAUAUACACACACAGAUGGCUGGAACUUUGCAGACAUAAAGCUAAUUUUUUUUUUUUGUUAUGCUUAUGCUUUAUGUUACUGGUGCAAAUAACAAAUGGUGUUCACUAGAAGAAAAUAAAUUACUCUUAAAUCCUAAGUCAGUAGCUAUAGAAGUUAUUCCUUGUAACUAGUCCCCUUGUGCUCUCUGUGCUAUUCUGUAGGUCAGAGCUGCUUGGAAUCUCCCAUAUAAAUGCUGGUAUUCUUGCAAGCAGGCUUUCUUAACCAACAUGCUUUGUAUUUUCGUGUCUUUCAUUUUUCUCUUUUUGCAUACAUUCUUUUUGUGGAGAUUUAUUUUAAUGCAUUGUAGAUGGAAUGCCAUUUUACAUUGUGUAAUUUUUGCUGUUUUUGUGUUUUGCUGUGAUAUAAGCUGUGAAUGUGUCUCUUUUGAACUCGGUUGCUUUACCAGACUUUAGUUUCUGAAGAUGUUGGGCUGUUGUAUUAAGUUGUAUUUGUUUAAUAAAUACUUCUGUGGUUAAAAUCCUAAA